AAACAGGGAAGUUCCUGCUGCUCAUCUGUUCUACCAGCGUGACGUUUCUGGCUCUCCAGUGUUUCAUGCAGAUCACUUUUGCCUACGUACCUCAGAAUGAGAACGAACAUUGGGAAAAUGUUCUCUACCAUUUGGGCAUUGUACGGUUCAGUUUGGUGGAUGCAGGGAACACUUUGCGUCUCUUAGCCCCUGAUCUGGGGCUCUUCCUGUCUGGGCUCUUCAUACUCUGCCUGGUCAAGAAGCUGCUGUGCCCCGCGCCACAACUUAAUGUCCACGAGAACUGCAUCAAACCCUCUGACCCUGAGGAUGUGGAGAUGUCCGACUCAGAGUCUGAAGUCGAAAGUGAUGUCACAGAUGGCUCGUCCUGUGACAACUCAGAUGAAAUCACAGCGGCGCCGGUAACCCCUCCUCAGUUUGUCCAGAAGUUCAUUGCAUUUGCCCUUGGACUGCGCCUCUUGCUGUCGGCCAUCAUGAACACAGCAGGGAAAGUAGUGGUCACCAUACUACUGGGGCUGGCAGGCAUCGCCCUACCCUCCCUGACUUCGGCAGUGUAUUUCGGGACAUUCCUGGGCCUGGUGUGGUGGUGGGUGUUUCUCCGCUCCCUCAGCCUGCUGUUUUUCAGUACCCUCUGCGUGAUGAUGGCUAUAUUCAGCGCUGGUCACCUGCUGUGCCUCUACCUGUACCAGCUUCCCCUGGCCCAACAGAUCGUACCCCCACAGGACAUCUACGCCAGGCUGUUUGGUAUGACAGCGUUCAUCCAGACCAAUGAGACUGAGCCAUACAGUCUGGGUCUGCAGGCAGAUGUCAGCUGGCCUGUCUUCAUCAACCCCAUGGUGCUGCUGCUCCUCUAUUACACAAUGGUGGCUUUGCUGCACAAGUGGGUCUACAUCCCUGAAGAAGAGGAUACUCUGGUGAAGUCUGAGAGUCCAGUAGAAAUCCCAGAGGAUCCCCCCAGCUUCUCCAAGAUCUUAUUCAUCUCAGGAGACAGAUUGGAGCUACUGACCAGUACGGAUGAGGAAACUUACAUGCCAGAUGAGGAGGUGCAGGAGCCAAUGGUCUUACUGAUGAGCAGCUCAUGGCAUGAUCUGAGAGGUCAGGAGAUGGGGUUACUGCUGGGAGGGCCAGGGGCAGGGUAUGCAAACUGCCACCCUCCACCACAAUAUGAAGGAAUAGACUUGUCACCCUCACAAGGGGGGGGUAGUGGGGUGUCUAUGAGGGAGGGGAGGAGGUGUGGGGUGUCUAUGAGGGAGGGGUGGAGUGAGGUGUCUAUGAGGGAGGGGUGGAGUGAGGUGUCUAUGAGGGAGGGGAGGAGUGAGGUGUCUAUGAGGGAGGGGCUGAGUGAGGUGUCUAUGAGGGAGGGGAUGAGUGAGGUGUCUAUGAGCGAGGAAGAGAAUGGCCCCAGUGGACUGGCUGUGUUUGGCCUGUUCAUCAUGAAGCACAGCUACAUCAGCGCACUCAUCAUCAUGAUGGUGUGGAGCAUCACCUAUAACAGCUGGCUGACGUUCGCCCUGCUGGUGUGGUCGUGUGUGAUCUGGAUGAUGCGUGACCGUCGGCGCUACGCCAUGAUGAGCGCUCCCUUCCUGGCGGUGUACGGCACCUUGCUGUUGCUGCUCGCCUUCCUGAGCGGCCUGAGGCUGCGGCGGGAUGAGCUGUACCCUGGCCUGCCACAUGCCAUGCUGGUGGACUUUGACAUGGCCAUCUACCCAGCACCCUGCAUCCACCUGGGAGGCAAGGUGUUGUACACCUUCAGCUUUUGGCUGCUGUUCCGGCAACAACAGAAGGAGAAACAGGAAGAGCAGGAUCUCAAGGAGUCUGACGAGUCUCUGGAAGAAGUGAAAGUACUCCCACCGGAUGAAGGUGAAACCUCUCCCAUAAUGGAGAUGCUGGGUUCAGCGGUCAAAGGAAACCUGGUGAAGUACUGGAUCCUGUUCUGCUGCUCCAUGUUCUUUGUGGUCAGCUUCUCCGGGAAGGUGAUGGUCUACAAGAUCCUCUACAUCGUGCUGUUCCUCUUCUGUGUCGUCCUCUACCAGAUCCGUUGUGACGUGUGGAGGCGAGUGCUGAAGUACUUCUGGGCGGUGGUGGUGGGCUACUCCAUGGUGGUCCUGAUUGCCAUCUACAUGUACCAGUUCAAGACUGUCUCUGGCCUGUUCAGACAGAUCAUGGGCAUGUCUGAGGAAGGUCUGCGUGAUCUCGGGUUGGAGCAAUAUGAUACUGUGGAGCUGUUUGCUCGGAUCCUCCUCCCUGCAGCCUUCCUAUUGGCCUGCAUCCUGCAGCUACACUACUUCAACCAGGACUUCCUGGAUCUCACCAACCUGGAUAACGUACCUGUCCACCACGGACCAACCAGAAUGAAAGAAAACGUUGAAAAGUUACAGAAACGGAUGGCGAAGGAGCAGAGCGAGCAGACGAGUGGGGAGUCGGAACGUGUGGGGAGCCAGGACACGUUGGAGAAUGAUGGACUGUCUGCCUCAUCAGAGAAACCCGAGGAGGAGCAGGGGGGAACAGUUCCCCCAGAGGAGCGUCUUACCCAGUGGGGGUUGAUUGUGGACCGGGCCAGCCUGCUGCUGUUCCAGGCUCUGGCUCUCUUCCAGCGGGCUCAGGAGAUGGGUUGGAGGCUGCUGGAGGUUCACAGCCUCAAGAUUGUUUCCACUGGCAUCAUCUGGGUGUCCCUACAAGAGGUGUCCCUGAUGAACUUCAUGUUCCUGGUUCUGUGGACCUUCGCCCUGCCCUUCCCCCGGCUCCGCCCCAUCGCCUCCAGUGUGUCCUCGGUCUGGGCCUGUGUCAUGGUGGUGUGUAAGAUGCUGUACCAGCUCAAGGUCAUCAAACCUCUGGAGUACUCCUCUAACUGCACCGCUAGCCUGGUGUCAGCUAACGGGACAGGGCUGGAGAGGAACAUGGCAGAGCUGCUGAGGAGGUCUGUGCUGUAUGUGAAGCCUGUUGACCCAGCCAUAUGGUGUGGAGCCCUGCGCAAGUGUGAAGACAGGAUCCUGCCCUGUCUCAGCAACCACCUGACGGUGCUGGGGCUGCUGGUGUUUGAGGUGACGGUCUCUCGACACCAGCUCUACUACCGCCUUCACAACAACCUCAAGGUCCCCACCUUCAGCAUUAUCUUCCAGGGCAUCACACGCCAGCACCUGGACCAUGGCAUCCUGCCCUGCAUCAAGUACUUCGUCAACUACUUCUUCUACAAGUUUGGCCUGGAGAUGUGCUUUGUGGUGGCGGUGAAUGUGAUUGGCCAGCGGAUGGAUUUCUACUCGCUGCUGCACGCCUGUGCUCUGAUGGCCGUUCUGUCACGACGACGCAGGAAGGCCAUGGGGGAGGUGUGGCCUAAGUACUGCUGCUUCACUGCAGGACUCAUGGUGCUGCAGUACCUGCUCUGUAUCGGCAUCCCUCCCGCUCUCUGUGUCGAUUAUCCAUGGAGGACCUCCAGUCAGGCUUUGACCUCCAACCUCAUCAAGUGGCUUUACCUGCCUGACUUUGCCAUGCGUCCCUCCCCUUCCUUCAUCUUCUACGACCACCUCCUGCUGCUGUGCUCCACGCUGCAGUGGCAGGUGUUUGAGGAGGAGAACCGGGCUGCCGUGCGCCUCAUGGCAGGGGAGAACGUGGAGAUCAGCCGCAGCCUGGACCCGCGUUCCUUCAACCAGUACAUUCCCGUCAACAACUUCCUCCAAUGCAGGUCCUACCUGGACAUCGCCAAAGUGUUUGUGUUCAGCUACUUCUUCUGGCUAGUGCUGUGCCUCAUCUUCAUCACGGGCACCACCCGCAUCAACAUCUUCUGCCUAGGCUACCUGGUAGCCUGCUUCUACUUCAUGCUGUUUGGAGGAAGCCUGCUAAUGAAGCCCGUACGAUACAUCCUCAGGCUCUGGGACUGCCUCAUCGGAUACACUUGCUUCGUCAUUGGCAUGAAGAACCUGCUAUCGCUUGGCUCGUGUGCUUAUCUGGACAGCCUGUUGAAGAAUGGCUGCUGGCUCAUUCAGGCCUUCAGCAUGGUCUGUACAGUCAAAGGCUAUGAUGUCUCUGCUCCUGAUGAUGAGUGUGAGCUGCCGGAGGGGGAGGCGGGCAUUGUGUGGGAUGCGAUCUGCUUCACUGUGCUCUUGGCUCAGAGAAGGGUUUUCCUCAGCUACUACUUCCUGUAUGUGGUGUCUGACCUCAGGGCAUCCAAGAUCCUGGCCUCCAGGGGUGCUGAGCUCUUUGAAGCCAAGGUGAAGAAACUGGUUGCUGCCAGACUGGAGAUGGAGAGGAAGUCUGUGGCGACGCUGAAGAAACAGAUGGAGAAGAUCAAAUCCAAACAUAAGAGUAAGCCUGGCCAAGGAGACGCAGCAAUGCCCCCUGCUGAUAUAGUGCCAAAGGGUGAGAGUGAGAAGGCUGGGAACGAUCAGGGGAAAUGGUGGAAACCAUGGGUCUCUCAGCCUGGCGUUGAGAACAACUGUGGCUACCAUCUUUUUGAGAGUGACAGUGAAGAGGAAGAGGAGGAAGUCCAGGAAAAGAAAGAGGAAGAGGCUCCACUAAAGAAGAAAUCUUCUUUUCAGAUAGCCUAUGAGGCAUGGGCCACAAGCUCCAAAGCAGCCCUGGAUUUGCACAAAAAAGAAGAAAACAAGAUGAAAAAUGAGGAGAAGAGGAGGGCAAAGAGAGAGCUGCAAAGACAGCAAGGCAUUGAGAGAGCCGAGUCUCACGAGUUGGACGAGUUGGAGGAGGAAGAGAGCGAUGAAGAGGAGGAGAAAGAUAACCUAUUUCAGAGGAUCAUCUACUCACUCAAGUUUCUAUGGGUGUUUAUCCUGUCCCUUUUGGAUGACCUCACUGAGGGCCUUAACUCUUUCUGCAAAGAUAACCAGGACAUCACCAAAGUGCUACGCUUUGAGAGGGCUCUUCUAGGCCAGCAACAGAAAAAGGGGAAAGAAGUGUCACAGGAGAGCGUGACGCGCUUCUAUGAGAACUGGAUGUCUAGGCAGAGCACUCUGGCCUCGCUGGAAGACCAAGAUGACAUAGUUCUCCCCAUCUCCUCCCCACCACCUGUACCCUCAUCACCGCGAGGUUACUCAAAGCUGAAACACACCCAUUCCAAAAUCUCCUGGGGUAGCAGCUUGUCCAGCUGCGUGACAGACGAGACCCUGCUGGGGUCUCGACAGCCCACUCUGGAUGAGCUGGAUGACCCUCCUCUACUCCAGCCAACCGCCGAGCAACUCAGACGGAAACUACUGAAAACUGCCAACCUGGACCUUGGCUCAUUUGACAGCGAAGUCCCUCCACCAAGCAGCCAUGAUGAUACUGUUCCUGAUAAGGAGGGCCGUGAAGGAGAGGAUGCAUGUAAAAAGGUGGGGGAGUCUACAGCGGAGGAGGAGUAUAGAAUGGAGAAGGAGGAAUGGAGGGAGGAAGAAGAGGAAGAGAGGGAAAAAGCUGUGAUGUUUUCGGGAUUUAUCUCCCUGGACUAUCUGGAGUGUGAUGAGAAGUGCGACGAUUUCCCAGACUCCCCCCGGCCUCUGAGUGAGACCAGGAACCUCACGGCUAGUGAGCUGCUGCUCAACAACAUGUUUGAUGACGAUGAAAUUGAAGAGUCUGAUAAGUUUUUCCAGUCUCUCCCGAGGCACCUGAGACUGGUGUUUGCCCUGUACAACACCAUGGUGUCGAAGUCAGAGAUGCUGUGCUACUUUGUGAUCAUCCUGAACCACAUGGUGUCUGCCUCCCUGCUCAGCCUGAUCCUGCCUAUCCUCAUCUUCCUCUGGGCCAUGCUGUCUGUGCCUCGCCCAACCAAGCGCUUCUGGAUGACUGCCAUCAUCUACACAGAGCUGAUUGUGGUGGUCAAGUAUUUUUUCCAGUUUGGCUUUUUCCCCUGGACCACCUCGGUCUACCGAGGCAUCAAUGCAGACCGGCCCUUUGCUCUGCCCAACAUCAUUGGGGUAGAGAAGAAAUAUGGCUAUGUUCUCUUUGACUUGAUACAAAUGCUGGCUCUGUUCUUCCAUCGCUCCAUUCUGAAGUGCCACGGUCUUUGGGAUAACAAAGAGGUGGAGAUGCCAGACUUCUUCAAGAAGUUAAAGAAGAAGACGGAGAAGAUUAAGAUGAGUGGAGGAGAAAAAAAAGGGGACGAGCCGAAGCGAAGACUGCCCUGCCUCCCUCUCCAGGCCUCGACUGCGUCCUUGUUUUGCAGAUGUGGAAAAGCCAACUCCACUGAGAUAAACGGUGAUAUGCGGCUCACAAAGCGCCACUCCAAGAAGAGGCACCACAAUAAAGUUCCCCUGACCAGGAAGGAGAGCAUCAAAAAGCUGAUUAGAGAAAGGAUGCUGGAGGCUAAAGCUGCUAUCAUUGAAGUUGCCCUGCAUAUAUACCUACCCAUCAGGCAGUUCUUCUAUGACAUAAUUCACCCAGAGUGCAGCCCAGUGUGUGACGUCUACGCUCUCAUGUUUCUGAUUGACGUUGUCAACUUCAUUGUCAUCAUAUUUGGAUACUGGGCGUUUGGGAAACACAGUGCUGGUGCUGACAUCACAGAUGCUCUUGGGGAGGACCAGGUCCCAUCGGCCUUCCUGGUCAUGCUGCUCAUCCAGUUUGGCACCAUGAUAGUGGACCGCGCUCUAUACCUCCGCAAAACCCUAAUGGGAAAAUGUGUCUUCCAAGUGGUGCUGGUGUUUGGUAUCCACUUUUGGAUGUUUUUCAUACUCCCUGGGGUGACUGAGAGGAGGUUCAACAUGAACCAGGUGGCACAGUUGUGGUACUUUGUGAAGUGCAUCUACUUUGGCCUCUCCGCCUACCAGAUCAAGUGUGGCUACCCAAAUUGUGUGCUGGGAAACUUCCUGACCAAGAACUACAACUACCUCAACCUAUUCCUUUUUCAAGGGUUUCGCCUGGUUCCAUUCCUCAUAGAGCUGCGUGCCGUGAUGGACUGGGUCUGGACCGACACCACCCUCAGCCUGGGCAGUUGGAUCUGUGUCGAGGACAUUUAUGCCAACAUCUUCAUACUCAAGUGCUGGAGGGAGUCGGAGAAGAAAUACCCACACAUCCCAGGGCAGAAGAAGAAAAUGGUGGUGAAGUAUGGAAUGGGUGGCUUCAUCAUAUUCUUCCUCAUCAGUGUCAUCUGGUUCCCCCUCCUCUUCAUGUCAUUGGUCAAGUCAGUGGCUGGAGUGACCAAUCAGCCUCUAGAUGUCUCUAUUCAGCUCAGCAUCGCAGGAUAUGAGCCAAUGUUCACAAUGAGUGCCCAGGAGCAGAACCUGGUGCCAUACUCAGUUGCAGGCCUCAACCGGCUCAACAACCUCUAUGCCACUCACCCAUCAGCUAUGCAGUUCCUUGGGAACUACAUGGCCGAGGACAUUGUCAUUGCAAAGAUCAAGAGUGAUGCCAGUCUGCUGUGGAGCAUCAGUCCUGCCAGCCGUGACGCUAUGAUCCAUGAACUCAGCAACUCCACCCAUAUCUACAUCACCCUGCGAUGGGUACUACUCAGGAAUGCGUCUCUGUCGAUGAACGUGGAGACCAUGGGGGAACACACUGUGAAGUAUGAGGAUCGGACCCUGAGGGAUCAGAUAGUUCAGAUGCUCAAAGGGACACGCAGUGACUCUGUGAUCAUUGAGUCUCUCCUGCCCAAGUUCCUCAGAGGUUCCGGAGGACCUGUGUCCAAUAUGGCCACCCGUCUGAAAGUAGAACACUCGGAUCGGCCUGAGGACCUGCAGACUUUUGCCUUCUUCUUGCCCCUGUCCAUCAAACUACAGCGCGCAGAAGACAACAGAAGUGCAGAGGGGGGUCAGUGGUGGAUAGUGCAGGAAUGCACUCCUGGACAGGGGCACAUCCAGAGCAGCUGCCACAAGAUUGAGAUAGUGGUGUUCAACGACAAAGUCAGUCCCCCCAGCCUGGAUGCUCUUGCGGGACAGGGAAUCGUGGGCCUGUACAUGUCUGUGGUGCUGGUCGUCGGGAAGUUUGUCAGGGAAUUCUUCAAUGGGAUAUCCCGCUCAAUUAUGUUUGAGGAGCUGCCGUGUGUGGAUCGGGUGUUGAAGCUCUGCACGGACAUCUUUGUUGUGCGAGAGACUGGCGAGAUGGAGCUGGAGGAAACACUGUUUGAGAAGCUCAUCUUCCUGUAUCGCUCACCGGAGACCAUGAUCAAGAUUACCAGAGAGAAGAGCGACUAGAGAGCAUGAUGACAUUUGUUAUGAAGAGGACGAUUUGGCUUUUGGUUCUUAUCUGGGGUGUAUUCAUCAUGCCGAUUUUGCAACAGAAACCGUUCACUCAAAAGUUUUGUAACAAACUAGUUUCUAUUGGACAAAUUCAGGUAGGUCCCUCCCUGUUUCGUUUAAGAACCAAACAGCUUCCAUUGCAAGAUGUAAUGAAUACACCCCUGGAGUUGCACUUUUGAUUGUACUCCUGCACAAUGCAUGCAUUUUUCAGUGACUUAUGAUUUUACAAUGGAAGACCAUAGGCCAAUCAGAAGUGUUCCAAAUGUUAAACUAUUUAAUUUAAGUUUAGUUGCAACAUCAUAGAUGUUUUGUAUAAAGCUGAUAGAAAUACAUUUGGUAGAACAGACCUGCUUCUCUCUCAACAUUCUGUAACUUUACACACUGAACACGACCCCGUUUCAUUCCACUGAAAAGCUCAUCUAAAAGUAUUCAUUCUCAUUUCACACUGUAGUUCAUGUACAGUAUUUAAUUCAAUGAAUAAAAUAUUUGAAGGCCAAGUUCAGAGCUUUUAGCUUACUUUUACAUGUGUUCACAGUUAAUAUUGCCAGAUAAAACAUGAGUUAAUCUAGCAGACAAUUAUUUUUAGAUGGGAGUUUUAUUUCAUUUUCUUAAUUACAAAUUAAAGGGGAAAAAUCAAUUCUGUUAAGUUUUCCAUCUCUCGACAAAUCUAGAUGUAACCCUUGCGUUGUCAUCCAUCACAAAGAUAUGUUGGCCGGGACAAUGACAAAUCCUCUUGGUCCCGAA